AUGGACUGCAACAGCAGUGACCGAGCUGCCCUCGUAAAGAUCAAGGAGCAGCUCGGCAACCCUCCCGAGCUAUCUUCAUGGCUCCCAGCCACGAACUGCUGUGCCUGGGACAACACCAUUGUAUGCUCCGAGACUGGACGCGUCUACCUCGUGGCCCUAUUUCGACUCAAUGUCACUGCUCCCAUCACUUCAGCCUAUGGUGACCUGCCAAUGUUGCAGACCAUUCAGCUUGACACCAUGCCGGGCCUGUAUGGUCCGAUCCCCUCUUCCUUUGCCAAGCUCUCGCACCUUGAGCUCCUUGAUAUCACUGGCACACAAGUCUCCGGGCCCAUUCCAGACUUCCUAGUGAAAACCAACCUCAGUGCUCUGACCAUCACAAACCGCAAGCUGACAGAGCAUAUUCCCCAGUACCUGAGCAAGGUUCUAAAUAGCGGGCUAAGGGCUAUAGUGGUCUAUAGCGGAAGCUAUAGCGGGAGAUUUAAAACUUUGUACCUGAGUCGCCUCUCCAACCUCAGAUACAUAGACCUCAGCAGCAACAUGCUCAGUGGAACUAUACCUCCUGGAUUGCUCCAUGGAAGCUUCCGAUUCCUCAUCCUGUCCAAUAACAUGCUUACAGGACAGAUCCCGGAGGAUUAUGCCUAUGGAGACAUCGACACCAUUGAUCUUUCACACAACCAGCUCACAGGUGACCCAUCGUUCUUAUUUGGUACCGCAAAGCCGAUGACAAAGAUUGAUCUGUCAUGGAAUGAGCUUGAGUUCGACAUGACGAAGGUCAGGUUUCCCUACCACCUGACCUAUUUGGACCUCAGCCAUAACCAUAUCAAAGGAGGGGUGUCCAAGUUCCUCAAGGAUAUAAAGCUUGGGCACUUCAAUGUCAGCUACAAUGAUCUUUGCGGCAAGAUACCAACUGGGCGGUUCAUGAUAUACCAUGGAGCAGAUUCUUAUGUUCACAAGUGCCUCUGUGGCACACCUUUACCCCCCCUGCAAGAAACGAGAGUAGCGAAUAAUUAGCUAGGGUAAUAAAGCAAUAAGUAAAAACUUAUGUAUUUUUUGCGACUGUUGCUCUGAUUUCUAUUCUGGUUUUGGUUAGAUGUGAAGUGUGCUGUUAGUAUUUUUGCGAGGCAUUUGUGUCAGAUCAACAGAUCAUCGACCUGAAAUACAACUCCUUUCUGAAUUCGUCAACAUUAAUAUCAGAUGUUGUUUCACAGUAUUACUGACAGCACAUCUUUAAGUGUUUCAAUAUUUUAUCUCCAGUUGUUCAUGUUUUUA